GAAAUAGAAAAAAAGUUAUAAAAUUAUUUCUAUUCAGAACAUUUGAAGAGCUAGACAUGAAAGGCCAGUACUGUUUCUUCUCCAUGCUGGCCAUGGGGUUGCUUCUUGGCUUCCUCAUUGCAGGCGUGGAAUCCAUUGGAGUCUGCUACGGCAGGGAUGGGAAUAAUCUCCCCUCGGCGAGCGAAGUCAUUGAUCUCUACAAAUCCAAUAAUAUUGGAGGCAUUCGACUUUAUGACGCCAACAACGACGCCCUCCAAGCGCUCAGAGGCUCUAACAUUCCGGUCAUCAUCGACGUCCCCAACUCCGACGUCUCAUCUCUCGCCUCCGACUCCUCGGCAGCCACCACCUGGGUUCAAACCAACAUUCAAGCUUUCUCUCAAGACGUCGCUUUCCGCUACAUUGCAGUCGGCAACGAGCUCAUCCCAGGCUCUCAGGCCCAAAACAUCCUCCCUGCAAUGCAGAACGUGCAAAACGCCUUACAGGCCGCCGGACUUCAGAACCAGAUCAAGGUCUCGACUUCGGUCUCCUUCGGCGUCGUUGGCACCUCCUACCCUCCCUCCUCCGGCGCCUUCUCCUCCGAUGCGUCGAGCACUCUGCAACCAAUUGUCAGUUUUCUCUCCAGCCAUGGCGCCCCUCUCCUCGCCAACGUCUACCCUUACUUCAGCUACGUCGGCGACACCGCCGACAUCUCCAUUGAAUAUGCGCUCUUUACUUCUCCUGGAACUGUUGUCACAGAUCCGAACAGUCAGUUGAGCUAUCAAAAUCUCUUUGAUGCGCUCAUGGAUGCACUGUACUCUGCUCUUGAGAGGGCAGGGGGGUCUGGAGUAGCGGUGGUGGUGUCAGAGAGUGGGUGGCCGUCGGACGGCGGGACGGCGGCGACUAAUCAGAACGCACAAACGUACGUUUCUAACUUGAUCAGCCAUGUUGGACACGGGACGCCGAAGAGGCCAGGGAGCAUUGAAACCUACAUAUUCGCCAUGUUUGAUGAGAAUCAGAAGCAGCCGCAGGGGACAGAGAAUCACUUCGGGCUUUUUACUCCUGAUAAGCAGCCGAAGUACUCCAUCUCGUUUUAGGAAUAUGAAAUGCUUGUAAGAUUGCCGUUGAAUGAAUUUAUGUGAAAGGUAUAGGAUAACAGGAAGAUUAUGUGUAGUUCAAAAUAAAGCCAUGAGGCGCAGCAUGUUAUCAAGUGGCAUUUGUAAUGGAUAAUAAAGAUUUCUACUUUAUUUUAUUUGA